UGGGAAAACUGAUAAGUCAGAAGAAUAAAUGGCUUAAGAUGUGAUCAUAAAUAUGCUCAAAAGAUCACAUAGUAUCAUUGGAGCUGCAGUGGCAGUUACCUUGUCACUAGCAGCCAUAACCCUCAAUAUUGGAUAUGUUACCGCAAUUAGCAGGGCGGUGACAAACCCAGCAUUAGGUGCGGAUCUGCCAAAUCCACCGAAACCUGAAAUUGAACAUGCUGAAGAAACCGAAAUUGAUCAAUCACAAGGAGUACGCAGUCUCGAUGACGAAAUUGCCAACCAUGAAAUACUUGACCUAGGAAGGCAAGAAGACUUCUUUUUGGCGAACAAAGGCAAAAAAUGUGACGUCCUGAUGGAAGAUGUAAUCGAUGUAGCACUGGAACCACGUGAUAUGUUAAAGACGCAGCAGUUUAUCGGAAGUAUCACACCAGCAGAAUUGAGAUUGUAUUUGCCAGAUCGUCUUAAAAGCGGUGAAAAACCAGGCAAACUGUUUGCUCGGUUUUCACUCGGUGCUAUAGUGACGCCACUGGAAACGGUAAAUUCAUCAAGAGAUUGUUUCCGAAUGUUUUAUAAAAAGCAGCCCAUACUCUUCUGUGCCAAGGAUACGAACCAUAGAAACUUCUGGAUGCAUACAAUAGUCAAGGCUAAAUUCUGUCAUACAGCACAUGCAGUGCUAAGUAAGGCUUCCACACCAGAUGAGCACGCGGAACCUGCUAAAUUGCCCGAUCUUUCUACUAAACAAAAACGACUCAAAGAUCUUCUAUACCCAAAGAGCGUCUCCGAAGAUGCUAUCGUCGCACCGCACCACGAUAAUAACAUUACCAAUAUAGAUAUCAAGGGCGUAGGCUCGGGAGAGCCAGAGAUUUAUCUAAAUGGCGAAGUAGUUGAAAAACAAAAUAAGAAUAAGCAACCAAAGGAGCUUUCAAAGGAACAAAACGAAACUCGGGUGGAAUCAGCCCUAGUUUCUUGAUAUCGCAAUGUGACAGAAAUGGCACUGAGACUAGACCCAGAUCUCCCUCAUAGACACGCCUCCAAUUCGUGUGAAGCAUUACAAAAUGAUAUGGUGGAAUGUUACAAAGCGUCACGAUGCUGCAAAGAGCUUCAGA